UCAGGUACUUACUACUCAGGCUUGAGCUGACUUGUUCCUGGCUGAGUGAGGAGAGGAGCUGCAGUCUCAGAGCCACCUCUACUGGAUUUGGUGCAAGUCAUGGCUUAAGUUCUGCUGAGGGCUGUGUACACUGUCAGGACUGUUCCAGUGCAGAGGAUGGAUAUCACUGACUCAGAUAAACCCAGUUGUCCAUUAGUAGAUAGCAAGAUCCAUACUGAAGUUAAAUCGGACAGACCAAGGGUGAUAUCCAAGAGUGGACACAGCAAUGUGAAGAUCGACAAAGUGGAUGGAGUCUUCUUGCUUUACCUCCAAGACUUAUGGACAACUGUCAUUGACAUGAAAUGGAGGUACAAGCUCACCUUGUUUGCUGCAACGUUCUUCCUGACAUGGUGUUUUUUUGGAGCCAUUUAUUUUUUAAUAGCAUUUGUUCAUGGAGAUGUCCGCAAUGAACCUUCCUCCAACCACACUCCUUGUGUCAUGAAUGUUGACUCCUUCACUGGUGCCUUCUUAUUCUCUCUGGAGUCCCAGACCACCAUUGGCUAUGGGUUCCGAUUUAUUACUGAAGAGUGCCCAUUUGCCAUUUUCUUGCUUGUUGCACAGCUGGUCAUUACAACUUUAAUUGAAAUCUUCAUCACUGGAACUUUCCUGGCCAAAAUUGCCAGGCCCAAGAAACGCGCUGAGACAAUUAAGUUCAGCAACAAGGCAGUUAUUACCAAACAUAAUGGAAAGAUGUGUUUGGUGGUACAGGUAGCAAACAUGAGAAAGAGCCUGCUGAUACAGUGUCAACUUUAUGGGAAGCUCCUUCAUACAUAUGAGACCAAAGAAGGGGAGAAGAUCUUACUCAAGCAAGCCAACAUGAGCUUCAAUGUAGACUCCUCUUCCGAAAGCCCCUUUCUGAUCUUGCCACUAGCGUUUUAUCACAUCCUAGAUGAGCACAGUCCACUAAAGGAUCUGACGGCUGAAAACAUGAAGGCAAAAGAAUUUGAACUUGUUGUCCUUCUCAAUGCCACCGUAGAAUCUACCAGCACAGUCUGCCAGAGCCGAACAUCAUACCUGCCGGAUGAGAUCUUUUGGGGAUAUGAAUUUGUCCCUGUAGUCUCUCUGUCUUCACAAGGGAAAUAUGUUGCAGAUUUCAGCAAUUUUGAUAAGAUCAGGAAAAGCGUGGAAGUACAAAUAACAUAUAUCUCAAAUUUUGAGAAGCAGAGAUUAGAGGAACAAUACAGACAGGAAGAGCUAAAAGAGAGAAAAAAUCAGUCAGUCAUGUCAAUGCAAAGUAAUGUUUGACUAUCACUACAGACAGUAUAUAAUACCAGUGACUAUGUUCCCCUUUUGAAAUGACUUUGGGAAAUAGUUAUGGCUAUUUAUCAAUAAGCUGCACAUUUAGCUGUGCUCCUGUGCUGGUGUCCAGCUGCAAGAUGGUAUAAUUUAUUUUGCACCUGAAACGAUUGAGAAUUCUGUGGCACAUCCACUUUAAGUGGUUCUCCAGCUAAUUUUGUACACUCCCUCAUACCGUCCCUCUAAUGAGAUUCUAAUAAUAACUUAUUUUUAUUGCCAAGUAACCUAUUAUCCAGCAGCGGUCAAACUGUGUACAUACUGUAUCUCUGCUUCCAUCUUGCAUGGUAGAAAAAGUCAUGGAUCCGUAUACUGGAGAAUCCACAAACCCUCCCCGAUAUAUUGUAUUUCAUAUCCUAUAAGAGAGAUCUGUUGUUUGUUUUUGUAAAUUAUGAACCACUUCAAUAUAUAGUAUACAUUGAAAAAACACAUCUCAUAACUAACUACAGUCAAAGCAUUAUAAACUAAUAUUUAGGUUAUUUGUUCAUAAAAAAAGAACCCACAAAACUCUAUAGAUAACAGAAAUGAUUUAGUCAAUAUUAUGAAUGGAAACAAAGGAGUACAACCGAAAAGCAUUCCACUAAGUUUUGUACAACAAGGUUACGUGUAAAUAUAUGUAAAUAUUAUUUGUUGUUUAUGUAUAUAAGUUGUAUUAAACAGUGAAAAUGAUCUACAAGUAUUUGUGAGGAAAUGUAGUAGACAAAAAGAAAUGGGAGAAAAAGACAGAAUUAGUACUAAAAAAACACUUUAAUCUCUAUUUAUGCAAACAUGAUAUGCCAAAUGGUGUUUUAGGCUGCUUAUCCUCUGCCGUUAGGGAAAUGCCAGUCACUACUCUUGCACUUGGGGUCUCAGAGUUAGGGAACAGUAACGGGUCCUCCACUGGCCCCAUUGCAAGUGAUUAUGGCAGGGAGUAUGCAAGAGACUGAAAUACUGCACACACUGCUGACUGCAGGCACAUGUAGGUAUGAGAUCAUCGAAUGUAUAUGUCUCAUCGGUAUAACCACUAACUAACAUGCUGUUCGAGUGUGAAAUACUGUUGGUAAAAGAGGGUUUGGUUCAUGAAACCAGCAGUCAGAAUGCCGUGGGUCAGACGCCAAUCCUGGCAUUCUGACUGCCAACAUCCCUACAGGGGUGAGAGUGGUAGCUAACCCUAACCCUUCCUCCCCACAGCCUAACCCUCCCUUCCUAGAGCCUAACCCUAACCCUCCCCACUUGCGGCCUAACCAUAGCCCUCCCCCUCACAGCCUGACCCUAACCUGCCCCCUGCAGCCUCACCCUAACCUCCCCUCCCCGCAGGCUAACCAUUUACUUCCCCUUCGCAGUCUAACCCUAACCCAUACUUUCCUACUUUUUGGCUGCUCCCUCCGGGCGGGAGCAGCCGAGUAACACAUGACGGGGGCUUGGAGGAGGCGGUACGGGGGCGUGGUGAUGCAAAUGCCUACAUUACCGACAUUGUGAAGCAGUAUCGGAGCUACAAUGAUGGGAUUUAACGCAAAUUGCGUCAUCACCUCGCCCCCUUCUAUUGUGACUGGAUGCCGGUGGUACUGAGCUGGGGGGUGCGGCUGGGGGAGCGGGAGGCCUGCCCACUUCCCCGGGGGGCCAGGAGUGUCACCUGAUUUUCGGGAGCCUCCUGGCCUUUCCAGGAGAGUAGGCAUGUAUGGCCUAACCACCCUUCCCCACAGCCUAACUAUAACUCCUCCCAGCCCCCCGCAGUAUAACCCUAACCUCCCCCAGACACUUAUGUUCAUGAUGCCACCAGCCAGGAUUCCUGCAUCGGCAUUCUGACAAAUGUCGGGAUUCCGGCCCGGUCUACUGACUGCCGGCAUCCCAUACGUCGGGAUGUCAACUACUUCCCGUAAAUGAAUGUAGCAAGACAUAUGGAGGAAGAAGCUGGCAUAGAUGACAGCAAUCCACUAGUACACUUUUGUAAGCAAUUUAGAGCUGGGUUUCCACAUGCUGUGGCUAAUGGGAAACAAAUUUGCACAAAUAUUGUAAAAUGAUUUUGUAGCCUCACUCUGAAUAUAGAUCUUUAGAUGCAAAAGCUGUAUGCCACAGUCACUGGGAAGACAGCCGCGGCGGAAGCCGUAUUUGCUGGCCAUGGAUAGAGGGGCUACUGGGCUUUGAUAGUUUUUCAUUUAAGAUGUUCUGCUGUGAGGCUAUACGUGACUGACAUGAAUGAAUGAAUGAGUGAUUCAACUAUUUCUACACUAGUUCAAAAGCUUUACAGAGGGUGAAUAUGAUAAAUACUGAGCUCAAACAAUUUUAGAAAUUACUGCGAUUAAGAAAAUAUUUUCUGAUUAAUGUGUUUAAUCAUCUACUCAAGAAAAUAAAAUCACUCCCGUAAGAAGGAAAGUAUAUAACUCUUAUAAGGCUUCAGAAAAUGGCAAACAUGAUCAUCAAAAAUACACAUUAUAGAAAAAUACAAAUGUGGUCAACGCAUAAGUGGUCGACACAUAUUUUGGGGGGUUUUAACAUGUUUUCCAACAUUUGCUUGAUUUACUAUCCAUGUGGAAUCUUGUCUACAGCAUGGCGAGCAGCUACGGUUGUACUGAGGGUGGUCACAGAACAUGAAAUAUACAAGAUGUAGCCAAAAAGUACCCUAAAAACAUGCGUUGACCGUUUUUAUGUCGACGAUUGUCAUGUUGACCUUUUGGCCCUGUCAACCUUAUGGUUGGCCUUAACCACUGUUGACCUUUCGUUUGUCGUCCUUCGUACCUAUUGACCUUUUAUACCUGUCGACCUAGAGUAUGUCGAUCAUAUGGGGUCAACCUAUUGAUUGUCUACGUAGACAGUCUAGAUCAGGAAUGGGGAACCUUCAGCCCUCCAGCUGUUGUU